AUGGAGGAAAUGUACCUGACCAACUACCCUGGAGUGAAGAAGAGGAUCCUCAGUGGAGGACGAGGCCCAUUGCCUCACUUUCCACCUGGAACCAAGUUGGUGUUCCACUUCCAAACGCUGAAGAACAACUUUGAGAGGACGGUGAUCGACGACAGCCGCAAGGCUCCCCACCCCAUGGAGAUCUAUGUGGGCAAGAUGUUCAAGAUGGAGGUCUGGGAGGAGCUGCUGAUGUCCAUGCGCGUCGGAGAGGUGGCCGAGUUCUGGUGUAGCGCUUUACAUACUGGCCUGUACCCGAUCGUGUCCAAGGGGAUGCGCCUGAUUGCGCAGGGCAAGGACCCUCUGGAGGGCCAGAGGCACAUGUGUGGCAUGGGCAACAUGUUCAACUACCACUCCACGGGCUACCCGGAGCUGGACGAUCUGCUUAGGGAGCCCCAGCCCCUCAUCUUCAUCAUGGAGCUGCUCUCGGUGGGUGACCCGCUGUCGUACAAGCGUGAGUCGUGGAUGCUGGAGAAGGAUGAGAAGCUGAAGGAGGUUCCCUCGCUACACGCCCAGGGCAACAACCUGGUGAAGCAGGGCCGCUACAGCGAGGCAGCCCAGUGCUACAGAGAGGCCGUCAUCAUGCUACGAGCUGCCCAGUCUAGGGAGAUGCCAGGGCAUGAGGACUACAUCAAUCUGGCCCGGCUCAUCAUCCCCCUGGUGCUCAACUACUGCCAGUGCAUGCUGGAGCUGGAGGAGUACUACGAGGUCAUCGAACACACCACCGAACUACUGGACAAACACAAAGAUUGCGUGAAGGCCUACUACAAGCGAGCCAAGGCGUACGGGGCGGUGUGGAGCGAGCGCGAGGCCAGGCGCGACUACAACAUGGUGGCCCAGCUGGACCCCACGCUGGGGGGGCUGGUGCGGCGCGAGAUCCAGCAGCUCUCCGAGCGCAUGAAGGAGAAGUACUGGGAGGAGAAGGAGGCCUACUGGAACAAGCUGGAGGAGGUUGGGAAAGAGGAGGUGGAGGGGGAGCAGGAGCAGCAGGGGGACAAGGCUACCGGGGAGGUGAUCAAUGGAGGUGGUGGGGAUAACAAGACUGAGAAGAAGAAGGAGGGAGGAGAGAGGGUGGAGGACGAGAUGGACAUGAGCAUUUUCACGGGCAUGGUGAAGACGGAGGCCAUCAGCGCAGACAACUUGAACAUCAAGACAGAGGGUGAUGAGAACCAUCGGGAGGGGGGCAAUGAGGAGGGCAAGGCCGAUGACCAGGCACCGGGGAUGGGAUGGAUGGACCGCAUGAACUGGCAGCAGAUGCUGAGGCUCACCAUGCACCUGCAGGAUGAAGGCUCCCACUUCAUGGAGAGACGGCAGCAUGAGGUGGCUGCAGAUAAGUUUCAGGAGGCUCUUGACUACGUGGAUCACCUUCAGACCAAGCGUGUGGAGGCCAAUAGUGAUGACUGGGAGUCCUUGGAGAAGGUGCGCGUGCCCCUGACCCUCAACCUGGGCCAGUGCCGCCUGGAGCUCAAGCAAUACCAGCAGGUGGUGCAGCUCACCACACGCCUCCUCAAGAAGCACAAAGCCAGUUACCGGGCGCUGUACCAGCGGGCGCGGGCCCACGCCGAGCUCCUCAACGACGACGCAGCCAAGAAGGACCUGGCCAAGAUCCAGCGCCGCUACCCCAAGUUCAAGCCCGUUGUCCGCAAGGAGCUGAAGAAGCUCGGCGAGAAGCUGCGCGCCAAGAACGUCCAGGAGAAGAAGAACUACUGGACCACGGUGGAGGAGAAGUACGGUGACAAGGCCAAGGCCAAGAAGGCCGGCAAGAAGAAGAAGGCGGUCAAGUGGAACGACCAAGUGGACGUGAAGGAGGGUGGAGCAGCGGCGGAGAAGAAAGAAGACGAGGAGCAGAGACCAGAGAGAGGAGGAGGAGAGGAGGAGAAGGAGGAUGAAGAGAUAUCAGACGAGGCUGAGCGUACCACGGGGCCCAGAUCAGAGGAGGACGAGGGGGCCGAAGGGGCCCCAUUAGCCGCCAUGCUGGCCCAAACCACAGCGGCAGCGGGGAUCGCAGCGGGAGCAGCGGCAGCCAGUCAGAUCUCCAGAGGGAUCAAAGAGCCCGAUGAGAUCAAAGUGUGGCCGGAGAUUACAGUGAGCUCGACCAAUGAGACUCCCCACGACACAGGGGCGGCGGCAGCGGCCGUAGCUAUGGCAGCGGCUGCGGUCGGCGGCACGGUUCAAAUAGAGCUGGCUAACAAGGACGGGCCUACUGGAGGAGAUGCAGGAGAUGGAGGGGAUGGAGAUGGAGAUGGAGCUGCUCCUGAGGGGGCCACAGGGGUCACAGAAGCCACAGUGGAAGACAGGUUGGCCAGGCCAACAGACGGGGCCAGUAAGAAAGGCAAGGAACCCAUGGGGCGGAAACAGGAUGAGAAGAAGGCAACCAAGUCAUCGGCGACGGCGUCCACAUCUGCGACGGCGUCCACAUCCGCCGCAAAAGGAGGGGCCACUAAGGCAGGAGGGGCUGCUAAAACGGGAGGGCCCUCCAAGGCAGGAGGACCCUCUAAGGCAGGAGGGCCCUCUAAGGCAGGAGGGCCCACUGGGAAACCAAAAGCUACCACAAGCUCGGCGGGAAAAGCCAGCAAACCCUCCACCACCACCACCACGCAAGGCACCAAACAGAAAAGCAAAAAGAAGUGA